UCUUGUGUGACUUUAUUUUUGUUUCCUUCGCAUUCGGUGACGCAAGGCACUGACCCACGCAGCGCUCUGCGCGCCUUUCCUCCAAGGUGCACGUGUACGUAAGCACCGGCCGCCGCGCACAGACGGUGCUGGCGCUAUCCGCCGGAGAAAUGGACGCCGUCUGGCAGCAGCUGCGCCUGAUGCGCGUACGGCAGAACUCGUACAAGGACUACUUGGACGACCAUCUCGAGCUGCUCGGUUCACCCCCGAUCCGAGACGACCGGAGCUUUCGCGAGCUUUUCGACGCCGAGGAACGGCUGUUGCACGUCCUGCGGGCUGGCCUCUUCAGAACCCAGUCGUGGUUUCCGCUGCGCCAGUUCCAACAGAUGACCCCGUCACUGCGGCCCUCUGACUUGUGGUUCCAGCUGCUACAGAAGCACCUGGUGGACCAUGUGCUGCUAUCUCCCGAUGACACCAUGGUGGCGCACAGCACGGAGAUGCUAGCCGAACUUGACGCCUUGCUGAGGGACUACGCCGACAGGGCCGAGAAGCUGCUAGACGCCGUUGCGUGGACCCUAGUGCAGACCUACCUGUGGGCCAUGGUUUCAUCGCCGAGUACAGCAUACGGCAGCGGCAGCGUCCUGAUCGGUACCCUCUUUCAUGUGCACCAAGCCUGCGAAAAGCUGGUCGACUCGCGCCUAGGACUACUCCGCGCUGCUCCACGUAUCGUGUAUCGACACACGUACACGACCCGCGGCCGGAUAGACGACAUGUUCACCACGAUCGCAACAGCGGCCAAGGAGAACAUCGCUAGUCUCCGCUGGGCAGGCGACGACGCCAAGGCGGAGGCCGUACGCAAGCUGGACUCGAUGACGCGCGACAUCUUCCCCAACGACGUCUUCUUCCACAAGGAAGGUCGGCGAUCGCUGUACGAAGCAUUCGCUCCCAAGGACCCUGAGUCCAGCUUCACCGUGCGCUUCCUCGAGGCCAGCGCCGUCCUGCGCGACUUCCUGGCGACCGACGCGUACGAGGACGUUUACCGGCGGCGGAUGGGCGAAGGCGGCGCGGCGCUGUUGUCCUACGAGUACUACAGGAACAUCUUGCGCGUGUCGUUGGACGCGCUCGAGCGCCCGCUGUACACCGUAGACGGCACGGACGCUAUGAACUACGGCGGCCUCGGGUCUUACGCCGCCCGCGAGUUGACCCGCUCGUUCGACCCCGUCGGCAGCACCGUCGACUCGACGGGCACUUACAGGCUCUGGUGGGGUCCCAACGUUUCAAGCGGGUACUUGAAGAAAAUGUCGUGCCUGAAUAAUUGGACGCGAGAAGCCGUCCUUGACGGCACGAAACCCUCGAGCAACCGUCCGGUGUUCAGCCUCUUCCCGCACGUGCCAGCUGUGGAGACGGCCUACCGCGCGUACAAGCACGCCUCGGAGAAAAAGAAGACGGCGGACGGGCUGCAGUUGGCCUUGCUCGGGCAGCUGUCGGGCGACCAGGUCUUCUUUCACACCUACUGUUAUGUGCUGUGCGCCACCGAGGAAGGAAGAGGUGCCGCUGAAAACGCCUGCAAUGUACCACUGGCAAACUUCGCAGCGUUCGCGAACGCGUUCCACUGCCCGGUCGGCUCGCGCAUGAACCCGAAGGUCAAGUGCACUUUCUUCGAAGACGACGGUUGA